AUGCACUACCCUGAUGUGUAUGCUCUCCUCCAAGCUAUGCCGCCUGAUUUUCCCACCUAUCUGGACCCUUUCCUGUUGGACCCAGCUUUGUUCGAACCAGCUCCAAUUGAUCAUCAUGUUUACCAUCCUCCAAUUCCAGCAGCUAACGCAAAGCCUUCAGCAGAAACUGCCAACAUGCCUCCAAAGAUGAAAACUGGAUCCUCUGUCCCUCUCAUUUGCAGUCUUUGCCCAAAGAGUCCUAAAUUCUCCGACAUCUCGCAUCUGCUUACCCACAUUUCUUCGAAAUCCCACCUAGCUGCCCUUUUUAAGCUCAAGAUUCGCUCCCAAGCAGAGCAACACGCAAAAGACAAGGUCGACGAGUACGAACUAUGGUACAGCGGCAAUGAUCUGGAUACUCUGCUAUCUGAUCGACUUGCUACAAAGGACCAGAAGAAGAGAAACAAGGAUAAGAAGAGCAGGCUUUCCAAUGCUUCCAAAUCUCCGGUCAAAAAAGAAGAAGUUGCCUACGAACCUGCUCUAGAUAGUACCCCUCUCUUCCGAGCUCCUGUUCCUCUUAUGCACCCAUACAACCCGGCAAAAAGCAGAGAAUCUGUGUCUAUGGAGGAUGACUGGGGAUUCAACUCGCUCUACGAUACCCCAACUGUUCGACGCCGAGUACCAAACUUUGCGGAUAGUGAGUCUCCAGUAGGUCGGCUGCUCGAUCCAAAACUCAAGACCCCAUCCAGGUCCGCCAUCGAAAAGAAGUCGAAGAACGGAGACAAGAUACCGGACAGUGCUCAACUCAAAGGUGCACUUUGGCCAGGCAUGGAUCUUUUCGAUUCCGCUACCCCAGAGAUGAAGAGAAUGAGGAACCAGCGUAAGGAUGUCAACGUUAUGAGGCAGAUGAAGGCCAGAUCGGCUGAGAUUGAGCCAGCUGAGAUUAGUUACUUUGCAGAUGGCGAGUUCAGGGCGUCCAGAGAUAUCUUCGGUCCUCUUUCUGAUGCAGAGAGUCCGGCUAAAGAUCCCACUCCCAAGAGGCAGCGUCGGACUCGUAAGCCAACUUUGAAAGAAGUUAGUAUCAACGCCCCUCGCCUUCGUGCGUCUCGGUCAAAAAAAGCGGCCGGCAAGAGCCCCCAGAAACAGUACGCACUUAUGAAUGACAAUGUCCCCGCUGUCGGAUUAUUCCGCAAGCCAGUACCUAAUCUCAAUCCAUUGGCUCCUGGUCCGGCUUUUGGGCAGAACUUUGCUCCAACCACCGAAGAAGAAGAAGAGUUCAAGAUGACUAUCGGUGGCUUGAAGAAGAAGCCUACCAUGGGAGUGUUUCAAGAUGCUCCUGGAGAGAGUCCGUCAGGUCAAACAGAGAGCUCAUUGGAGGAUCAUCGUUUCGACUUGCCUAACAACGGUUUACCUCUUUAUCAAAACAAUUCAACGACUAUCAGCCAUAUUUCACCGACCCCUGUUCCAAAGGCCAUCCCAGCUCGCAGUCUGGGAAAGGAAAACAUGCACUCUCACAUGCCUACUCGACAGUCAGCUUCUUAUCCUUCCCACGUCUACCCUUCUCAGAUACUCUACAAUCCCUCUUCCAACCCACUUUAUAACCAUGCCUACGCUGGUACAUUCGGAUACGGUGAUCAUCAUAAUCCUUUCAAUGAUGUCAAGUUUUCCCCUGCUUUUGCCCCCAACCCCUACGCAGACUUGUCACAGACUGCCCAGCCAGCUCGCGCUCGGCCCAGGAAUCAAUCCGGAAAAGCUAAAAGUGGAUCUGGACCUGGAUUCGGAUCAGCAUCCGUUUCUGCUUCUGCUUCUGGCAUGAACGACAACUGA